CGCUGUUCGUAGUCGCCCUCAUCCUCGGAUUCGGCGACAUGUUUCACCUCGGAGCCCUAUCUCUCUGAGGUGCACUCCUUCGUCACCACGAAGCAGGUCAAGCCGAGCUUCCACAACAUCUUCCUCCGCGGCAUUGGCUGCAACUGACUUGUCUGUCUCGCCUGCUAUCUCGGAAUGCAAGGCCGUGAUCUCUCAUCCACGGUCACUGGCAUUUGGUGGCCCAUCUUCGCCUUCGUAUCCCUAGGCCUCAACCACGUAGUCGCGAACAUGGCCUUCGUUCCCAUGGGCAUCUGGCUCAAUACGCCUAGCUGCAGCGUCGGGCUGUAUAUCUGGAAAGGUAUCAUCCCGGCCGGACUCGGCAACAUCAUUGGAGGUUAAGUUAAAUCUUCAUAUCUGCGCUUAAGUGUGACGGGAUACGGGCUGAUGAUGCAUAGGGCCUUGUUCUGUGGUGGCUACUACUGGUAUAUGUACCUCCUCGCUGAACCGGAUAUUGCGAUCGAUAGCAUUUAUUAUGAUCGCUUGGAUGGUAUCGAGAAGGGCGAGCCAGUUAUUCAUGCGCCUUCGGAUGAGGAGAGUGUGCGUAAGAAACCGGUGUUUUGGCUGAGGAUGAGCGUAACCCAACGCUCGGCGGGUAGGAGAUAGGGUAUUGAUGGCAGCGGCGCUCAAUGAUGCAAUAAUGGACAAGUAAGAGAUAAAGGCAGUGGAAAAAAGAGCGGGAUGCCGCUGCGAAGCUGGAGACCUUGCAAAGGC